ACCGCCCUCGCCCGCUGAUGCAAUCGGAGCCCGCGAGCGGCGGCAGCAGCAGCAGCAUCAGCAGCAUCCACAUCAUCCACAUCCCCGCCGCAACCGCACCCGGCGGCUCCAGGACGAGCGCUGCCCCAAAGGAAAAGCCCACUCUGCCGCCGCAGGGGAAAUAAACCCCGGUUGCCAGCAUGAUGAAGGUUGACUCUGCUCUUGACACCUGAAGACAGACGUUCGGUAACAUCAGUAUUCCUAUCUGGUUCUCCAUUAAGCCGAAAAUGCUGCAUUUGCAAUUGUUUCCCUUUAGAUCUUCUUUUAAGUGGUUUUGCUGUAGCCAGCAACGUUUUCAUCAUGACAAUUGGGCAAAACAUUUCUUGCAAAAUACAUAUAAAAUUAAUGUUUCAUCCUGCCUUUUCCAGGGCUGUCAGAAUGAAUGCGCGUCUGGAGGAUGUUCAGGAGAAACAGCAAAGCAUGUGACUGAAUCUUUCAAGGCUUCAGACUUGAUUAUCACCCCAUCUACAACUUUCAAGGAAAAACCAGACCCCAGUGGUUUGGUAUUUGGAACUGUGUUCACUGAUAAUAUGCUGACAAUUGAAUGGUCCUUGGCUUCAGGAUGGGAGAAACCUUUGAUUAAGCCACUUGAGAACCUUUCGUUGCAUCCAGCCUCCUCAUCUCUGCAUUAUGCUAUAGAACCAAGAGGACAGACAGAGGAGAAUCUGGUGCCAAUGCUGUGGCUCAAUGAAUACACAUUGUUUGAAGGAAUGAAGGCUUAUCGAGGAGUAGAUGGCAAAAUCCGCCUGUUCCGGCCAACCCUCAACAUGGACAGGAUGGUGCGAUCAGCAAGACGAGCAACUCUGCCAUGUUUUGACCAGAAUGAACUGUUAGAGUGCAUCCGGAAGCUUGUGGAAGUGGAAAAGGAGUGGGUCCCAUACUCAACUUCUGCCAGCCUGUAUAUCCGUCCUACCUUAAUUGGAACUGAGCCUUCCCUUGGAGUGAAGAAGCCAACUAAAGCCCUACUGUACGUCAUACUGAGCCCUGUGGGCCCUUACUUUGCAAGUGGAAGCUUUAAUCCAAUAUCCUUAUGGGCAGAUCCAAAAUAUGUAAGAGCUUGGAAAGGAGGAACGGGGGACUGCAAACUGGGAGGGAAUUAUGGUUCUUCUAUUUAUGCCCAGCAAGAAGCCCUGGAGUUUGGCUGCCAGCAGGUUUUGUGGCUUUAUGGAGAAGAUCACCAAAUAACUGAGGUUGGAACGAUGAAUCUGUUUCUCUACUGGAUAAAUGAAGAUGGAGAAAAUGAACUGGCAACCCCACCUUUAGAUGGCAUCAUCCUUCCAGGAGUGACAAGACAAAGCAUUUUGGAUCUGGCACGCAACUGGGGAGACUUUAAAGUGUCUGAGCGAUACAUCACCAUGAGUGACCUGACAGUUGCCUUGGAAGAGAACAGAGUAAAGGAGAUGUUCGGUGCUGGAACAGCUUGCAUUGUAUGUCCUAUCUCUAAAAUUUUAUAUAAAGGCAAGCAUUUGCACAUACCAACUAUGGAGAAUGGACCUCAAUUAACAACUCGUUUCCUGAAUAAGCUGACUGAUAUUCAGUAUGGAAGAGAAGACAGUGAUUGGGCAAUGCUGGUGUCAUGAAUGUGGAAGAGUUCAGACCCUCCAGACAGAACAGACAUGGAUAAUGACAACUUUUGUAGCUGCCUGUGCGUAGCAUAGUUUCUGUACCAAUUUGCUCCCCAGAAUGAUUGUUUCCACAAUCCGGUGAAUAUGAACACAAUCAUUUUGAUUUCUACUGUAAUCUGUUAGUAGAAGCUUGUCUUCUUAGUAGAGGUGCUAAAUGUUAGCAAUAGAACUUUCCUAAUGGUUUUCUUAGUGCCUCCUUUUGUCUUAUGUACAGUCUGAAAACUUGUAAAAUGCUCUUCAACUGCUCUUCAGUUUGUUUGGUUUGUUUUAACUGCUAUCAUCAGCAGAGCACAUUGUCAUCUAACACAAAGAUGUUGCCUGUUAGUUGGCCACAGGGUACUGUUGACAUUAUUCUGCCUUUUGCUCCGCGUUUGGGAAAAAACUAAGUUUAGCCAUACAUUCUUUCCUUCCAUAGUCUGCUUAUAUGGGAGAUUCUUGGAUUUGCAUAGCCCUCUAGAUCCUCUCAUGCGUACUCUAUCAAAUAACAGCUCUGUCCUUUAGGCCAAAAUUCUCCAGAGUCAAUCUAGCCUACAAUAUGCUCGCUGGUAGCCUGCUGCCUUUCCCUCCACAGGAAUAUGCGGUGGCUGCUUGAUCAGUGCAUGCCUCUCUAAUAGCUGAAUACAUACUUCCAUACAUGAUUUACAGGGCCAGGCUAGACCCUGGAGAGACAAAAAAAUCACCCUUUGUUUGGCCUAGCACAGAGCUGGGUGCCGUGGACACAGUGUUGCCUUCUGAGUGAAUGUCUAGAAAAUAAGAUUAGACAGCUGUAGUUGUGAAAGUUGAACCUCAGAGCAACCUCACCUUUGUUUUAAGGGAUUUCUUUCAACGUUCAGUCACAUAAUUUAGAUCAGUAAAAUGUUUUUCUUAUCCCCAUUACCAUUUCUUGUGAGAUGUAUCCAGCCUGCAAUGAUACAUGUGUACCUUAACAGAGCCCACUUGUUAAGGAACAGGCUAUGUUGACAAUAGAAAAUACCUAACACAAGAAGGAAAGAGGUUCAUUCAAACUCUGGUUGUGGUCUGAUUAAGUACACAUUUCUUCAAAUAGUGCUAGUCUCUCAUAUGCAGUCUUCAUAUUAUUUGGAAUAUAGAGCAUGUAGCCCAUUGUUAGGGAAAUAACAUCUGCAAAUGUUCACUAACAGUUAUAUUGCAAUAUUUAUUAGCUUUCUCUUUUUGCACACAGCUUUGUCAAACAGCUUUAAGGUAUCUCUUGCCAAAAAGAAUCACCAUAUCUGUAUCAGUGUUCCAAAGUGCUACUUCAGUGUAAUACUAGUGGAACUUUAUUGACACUAAGGGAGUCCUAUAAGAAAUAAACCUGAAACAUUUAUUGCCAUAGUUUGUGGUAGAGAUGCACCAGUAUUAAGGGAAAUAUUUAGCACUUUAUUUUUUUAAGAACCAACAGUAUCUCUCCCAUACUUUUUAAGUCCUCUGUAGUUACUGGCAAUAUUUAACAUAGUUUCAAAAGGGGAAAUAUAAUUUCUAAGAGACCAUCCAUGCCUUAUGCAACUGCUAAAAAGUAGCCUUAUGGCUUUCCUGUUUAUUUUUUAUCAGAUUUUAAAGAAAACCUCUACUUAGGCAUCACUAACUUUCCCUCCCUCAAAUUGUGACUUUUGCUAUCUUUUACUGCAGUCAAAUCUGAUCUUUUAAUGAAGAACAGUUGAAGGUUCUCUCAGACAAUGUAACCAUUCUUAAACUUGUUGGAUAGUUUUCUUUUUAGAAUACAACUGCAAGCACAAGAUGUUAUUCCACUUACAGUAGCAAUAGUAUUGUGUGUCUGCUUUUCUGAACAUUUGAAUACGAAUCAUUGGUCUGGUCUUCGUUUUGUAUCUUACCAUGUAUUACAA